AUGAGCAAACAUUCAUAUGAUUCCACCCCAUCUCCACGUAGGAAUGAGUUUAAUUUGUUUUACAAUCCAUAUAGGCGACAGUGUCAUGCUCGAGACUGCUCCAUAGCUUCUGACUUGCAAGUUGAGGUCUCAGAAGUUGGUUCACCUACAUUAUCAACCGAUGGAACGGUUUCACCUGUUGAAGGUGACGUUACAUAUGAUGGGGAUGCUGAAAGGGAUAUCAAUUCUGACAGUGAAGAAUUGUGGGGAGAUUCCUUUAACUUAACAAGAGAGGCAACUCGAGAAAAACUGAGAGAACUAGAUGAUAUUAUUGAAGAGGAUUCUGUUGAAGUAAAGAUUUCUGGUUCAAACAUGAAACCGGAGGAGCCAAUUGUAUCAAUCUCUCCAUCUGAACAGGAAGCCGUGCAAAUUUUGCAUAACGCAAGUUCACUAUCUUCAAGGUUAGAUACAACUUUAGACAGUGCCUUCUAUCCAGGAAAUAUUAACCGUGAAACUCAUGAAGAUGUCAUAAGAAGAGGUGAAGAAGAUAGUGAAUUCAAGAUUUCCAGUGUUUCAGACAAAUUACCAUCUGAAGAUCUGGGGAAAACCAUGCAGUUAACAGAGAAGUCAAUGGUUCAUUCACCUCCUGAGCCUUGUUUCCAGAAGCCAGAGCAAAUAAUUAGUCCUCAACAGAAGCCUAAGGAAAAGUUGAACAUCAUUUGUAAUGCGAAGGUGAUGACUCAAGGAGAUGCUAUCACUUCAGAGUCAAAAUCAUCUGAAACCAGAGACGAUGGAGCCCAAGGAUUCAUUGAACCUGCAGCUUUAGGAGAGAUGAGUAAACCAGAUGACGCAAUCAAUUUAGAUUCCUUCAAGUACAAUCAUGGCAAUAUAGAAACAUCUUACGAAUCUAAAAGAACUAUGGACUCUGAAAAGAAGAUGGAGGAAAGCCAACCUUUGAAAUAUAUUGAAGAAGAUACCCAUGACUUAACUAAGCAUAACACUGUAGAUGCUCCAGAUGCAAUUCAAAGCAGAGGCCAACCUUCAAAGAAUAUUGGAGAAGGUACUCGAAACUUACCCGAGUAUCAUAAUGAGGGUGCGCCUAUUGCUGUUCAAAUCAUACAUGACUUGAAAAUUGUACUAGAAGGCACACAUGGGAAGGAAGAUUCUUCUAUAAAAUCCAGCAAAGAUGAAUCACAAACUUCGACGAGCAGUCAAAAGGCUGUCAUGGAAUCAUCAAAGACCAGUGGGGUAACUAGUGCAGAAUCUGUUAAAGAUACCGAAUAUGAAUCCACAACAUUAGCAAAAGCCGAUGCCAAUGCUGGGCUAUCAACUUCAAUAAGAGAAAGUCUCUCAGGUGCAUUGCAAUCAAAGGAGGACAAUCCCAAGGCCAUUGGUGAAAGCAUCCCAGGUGUAGAUAAUACUGCAACGGGUGUCUGUAGACCAUACGACUGCCAUGGAAGCAUCAAAACUGGAAGAAGCUGAAGUCAAGACUGUCAACACCAAGGAAAAUAACAGCUAUGAAGUGGAAAAAUGAGGCAAUAUGCACAAAUUUUGACACAUCUAGAAACCAUCAUUCGGACAGCAAACAAUUACGGUAACUUUCACAGUAGAAAAAGGUUGAAACUCUUCUAUGAAUCAAUGUAAG